UCCCAGCCGGCCGGUCGACUCUGGAGCGGCUGUCGCUCCGACCAGAGGCUGCUCCACGCACCACGUGCCUCCGUGUUCCUUCCGACCCUCUCUCUCUCUCUCUCUCAUCGCCUGCUAGAGGACUCUUCCGCACACAGCCGCGAACCGAACCUGCGACAAUGAUGGACUGAGAACACUGUCGUCGCCAUGUACUGCAGCAGGGUGGUGACGCUCGUCCUGGCAGCGGUCUUGCUGACCGGGCCGUCCUUCUGCCAAGGGCUCUUCGGACAAGACCUGGUCGGCAUGGACCACGACAUCCUGCGCGCCAUCAACAUCCCCUUCAUGGACUCCAAGACGCAGUACUUCGAGAACGGCUUCGACGGCUUCCCGGCCUUCGGGCUGCGGCCGGGCUCCGACAUCAAGACGCCGUACCGCCUGCUCAUGCCGGAGAAGCUGUACGGCGAGUUCUCGGUGCUGGCGGCCGUCAGCCCCAACUCCAAGGAGGGCGGCUUCCUGUUCGCCGUGGUGAACCCGCUGGAGACCGUGGUGCAGCUGGGGGUGCUGCUGUCCCCGGCGGACUCCAGUCACACCAACAUCUCGCUGUUCUACACGGACCUGGGCCGGCACUCCACCUCGCAGACCGUGGCCAGCUUCGUGGUGCCGGCCUUCGCCAAGCGCUGGACGCGGUUCGCGCUCAAGGUGACGGCGGACUCGGUGGAGCUGUUCUUCAACUGCCACGAGGCGGGCUCGGCGGCGGCCAAGCGCGAUCCUCAGGAGCUGGUGUUCGACUCGGCGUCCACGCUGUACGUGGGCCAGGCCGGUCCGCUCAUCAAGGGCGCCUUCGACCCGCGAGCGGCGCAUCGGGGAGACGAAGAAGUUCUUGGUGGAAGAAUAUAGGUUGUAAAGCUCUGAGCUCACAACUGAAUAAUCAUUUGUGACUCUGGGCUAGUCUUAAAUAACUUUCACCUCAGAGGAAAUGUGCUGCUGUAAGGUAGAGUUACGUUUUCAAGUUCUCAUAGCUUUAUUGUUAACUUUAAAUCUCAACAUCAGAUAGCCGAAUUUUAUUUAUCAUAGAUUGAAAAAAACUAAAAAAAACAUCUGAUGUAAAAUUAUUUACGUCAUAUUUUGCUCAAAUUUUUAUUCUUAAUUUAGCAAUUUUAUUGCUAGUUGAGAACUGGUGAAUUGUGCAAAUGUUACUUAAGAAUAUAUUGUGCAAACAAAAAUCUACCCUUGAAAGAA